AUGGGACCGCGAAAGCGCAGCCGCUCAGAGGCGGUCGCUGUUCCCGAGCAGCAGCCAUCAGAGGAGCCUGGGAUGUUACAGCGAAUUCGAAACUGCUGGGAGUUCGCCAGCCUGAUGCAGUACAUCCAUAUCUUUGGACAUGUCAUGAAGAUCGAUGAGGACUUUGGAAUCGAGGACCUAGAGGAUGAAUGCCUUAAGCCUGAACCUUCGUACAAACUUUUGGAGAUUGGCCUAUGUCUGUUGAAGUGGAUCUCAUCGCACCGUGGUCUCACGUUCGACAACUUCGAUGAAUAUACCCGGCGUCAAUACAAUGCGAAGGCGCCUCACAUCACCAACCCUUUCGGAUAUGAUGAAACCCCCCUGAAAUUCCUGGAAUUUGAUGUCUUUCUCAAGCUGCGCGUCCUUCAUCAAUUGACUGUGUGGACAUUCUGGAACACGGAUCGUAUUCGUGAGAAGAUGCCAGAGAAGAAAGAGAAUGAGCAGUUGCAGUGGCGCGUCGACGAGUUUGGUUAUGAUCAUGAAGGUUGCUCCUAUUAUGUUCUGGAUGACAACCGUCUCUAUCGCCGCACCGACCCUCCUAUUCCUGCCCCUCAGCGCCCUAAGAAGAAACCCAAGAGCCGUGCUUCGCGAGGAUCUCGGGCGUCGAGGCGAGUGUCGGCAAUGAUCGCAGAAGACGGAUCCGACGAAGAAAAUAAUAACGGGGCAGCGGAUGGGUCUUCUUCUGAGCUCACCUGGGAAUGUGUUGCGGUUACACUCCCGGAAUAUCAUGCAUUCCUCGACACUAUCCGUAAGAGCAAGGAUGAUGAUGAUAAGUACUUGCGUGGCCAGAUUGAAGAACAUAUCUUGCCUCUGUUGGAAAAAGCCGAAGAGGCACAACAACGUAAGCGCAUUAAGCGCGAAAAGGAACUUGUUCAGCUACAAAUGCUCGCUGGCGCUAAGAGAUCCAGUCGAAUUGCCGCCAAGGAAGAAAAAGAGCGCGUUGAUCGUGAGGCUGCUGAAACUGCCCGAAAGCGAGAGCUUGAUCUGGCUGAAGCUCGCAAGGAACAAGCACGACAACACCAGAUGGAGAAUGAGCGCAGGUCGCGCAUGAUGACGCGUGAACAGCGCAUCAAAGACCGCGAACACAAGCGUCUCCUUCAUGAGGCUGAGCUUGAGCGCAUCAGUGCCGAACAGGAGAAGCUUGAGCGUGGAGAGGGCAGAGUCUCUGCACGGAAUCUCAAAUCUGAACUAGAGAAAUCACAGAAGAAGAUGGCAGAGCUCAUCCAGGAGGAUCAAUGGACUUUUGAUUGCUCUGGCUGUGGUGUACAUGGGGAGAAUUUGGAUGAUGGAAGUCACAGUGUUGCAUGUGAGAAGUGCAAUGUCUGGCAGCACAGUAACUGCCUUGGUAUCUCUAAAGAGGAGGCUGAGAAGGAUGACUUCCAUUUCGUCUGCAAGGACUGUAAACGAAAGGCGGAGGAGGCCAAUCGUCCCAAGAUUCCACCGCUCAAGUUCCGAGUCAGCGCAUCGCCCCAAUCUGCUCCAACCGCUGGGUCACGUCCCAAGAUGGAAGAUCAUGGACUUGCCCCUUCAUCUCCUAUCAAGCAUACUCACAAUGCCUUAUCCAAGAUUCAGAAUGGGCCUCUUCCAAGCCAGCCUGGAUCUCAACCCACUCAACCCGCUCUACCUUCGCUCACUGCCCAUCAUAAUCAACCACAUUCAGGGCAAAGCCAGUUUUAUGUUCCUACAUCUCCCCAGCGUUUUCCUCACCCCGUUUCCCACUCUCCACACACUUCUUCUAGCCCUUCCCGAGCUCCAUUUUCUCCAUCCAAGCCCAUCGGAGGCCCGAUGCAAUCGGCAUUGAACCAGCAAGCCCCCAGACUCGGAUCUGGGCCCGGCCAAGGCCAGCACACCCUGCCGCCAAUGCAGCCAGGACCCCAGCUACCACCCAUUGGAUCUUUCCAUUCCGCACGGCCUUCUUCUUCUCACUCGGGAUAUGGUACAAUCCAGACUCAACCAUCUAUGUCUCCUACGCAGGGAAAUCACGAUGUCGGUCCUCUUGCUGGUGUUCCAUCGACUGCUCCGGCCAAUGGUCCUAGUCCGUGGUCUUCAUUUGACAGCUAUGCCACCCCACGGCCUCAAUCUGGCCAUGGAGGCACGCCUGCCAUGUCUAGAAACUACCCGUCGUUCUCUUCCGCUGCCACGCCAAAUGGUAACCAUUCUUCGCCUCCCCAAAGCUCGCACGGCAUCGGCAUGUCCGGAAUUAGCCCCACCAAGCAGUCACCUCGUCCUAUGACUUCUGGAGGCAUGGCAGGUGCUCCGGUGCUUCCUCCAAUCCGCAAGCUGGAGCCGAGCCCUAAACUCAUGGGCCGUAGCUCUCCGGACGCCCCAAUUCCCCCACCUGUCAAGUGUAUGACACCCGAGCAAGAAGAGCGCCGCCAGCGUGAGAAUGUCUCUAGACUGCACCAUAGCCAUGGCUACCCUGCCAAUGGUCAACCGGCUCUCAUGUCCUCGCCUUCAAUGAAUCGAAUUCCUCCAUUAGGUCCUGCUGCACAUGCGCAGCAUCCUGAACCAAUUACCUCACCACAACAUGGUGGACAUGCGCCUCGACAGUGA